AUGUGGGUUUUCUAUCUGAUCUCGCUGCCUCUAACCCUAGGAUUAGUUGUCUUCACGCUCCGAUACUUUGCCGGACCGGAGAUUCCUCGGUACGUUCUUAUCACCGUCGGAUACACCUGGUUCUGCUCCGUCUCCGUUAUCAUCCUCGCUCCCGCCGACAUUUGGACGACGCUAUCUCUGCAACCUAAUCAUCCUGAGAAUGGAGCCAUUUCCUUCUUGUGGAGUUGGUCAUACUGGAGUACGUUUCUGCUCACCUGGGCUGUGGUGCCCCUUAUUCAGGGUUUCGAAGAUGCUGGAGACUUUACAGUGUCAGAGAGAUUGAAGACUAGCGUGCAUGUCAACUUGGUUUUUUAUCUAGUGCUUGGGUUCAUUGGUCUUCUCGGCCUUAUCCUUCUCAUCAUGAUGCACCGGAACUGGACAGGAAGCAUUCUGGGUUAUGCUAUGGCUUGCUCGAAUACUUUUGGGCUGGUCACUGGUGCAUUCCUCCUUGGCUUUGGCUUGAGCGAAAUUCCUAAGACCCUCUGGAGGAACGCAGAUUGGACCACCCGCCAAAAAGUUCUCUCGCACAAGAUUGCCAAAAUUGCUGUGAAGCUUGAUAAUGCACAUCAAGAACUUUCAAAUGCGAUUGUAGUUGCUCAAGCGACUUCUACUCAAAUGUCCAAGCGUGAUCCUAUGAGACCAUACAUGAAUGUUAUAGAUGCUAUGUUGGCAAAAAUGUUCAGGGAAGACCCAUCAUUUAAGCCUCAAGGUGGUCAAUUGGGUGAAAACGAUAUGGACUAUGAUACAGAUGAGAAAUCGAUGGCAACGUUAAGGCGGCACCUUCGAAAUGCUAAAGAUGAAUAUUAUAGAUAUAAAAGUGAGUAUCUGACGUAUGUUACGGAGGCCCUUGUUCUUGAAGACACAAUGAAGAACUAUGAACGUCGUGAUGCAACUGGAUGGAAAUAUAUUUCAAGCUUCAGAGCCAGUCGAACCGGAAAGUUGGGGAAUUUUCUUGAUACGUUGGAAUUUAUGUGGAGGUGUAUACUGAAGAAACAGAUUCAGAUGGUGUUGGCAAUACUUACGGGGAUUAUGUCAGCUGCAAUUCUCUUGGCUGAGGCAACUCUCCUUCUGAGUAAAUUAGACUUGUCCCUCUUCUCAAUCCUUAUAAGCUCUGUCAAGUCCGAUGAACUGCUAGUGCAGGCAUUUGCUUUCGUACCUUUGGUGUAUAUGUGCAUCUGUACAUACUAUUCACUCUUCAAAAUUGGGAUGCUGAUGAUUUAUUCCUUGACUCCUCGACAAACAAGUUCUGUUAAUCUACUAAUGAUUUGCUCGAUGAUUGCUCGAUAUGCGCCGCCAAUAUCUUACAAUUUUAUUAAUCUCAUUCAACUUCACUCCGAGACUAUAUUUGAGAAGAAAAUGGGAAGAAUCGAUGACGCUGUCCCGGUCUUUGGACAACGGUUCAAUGAGAUAUAUCCUCUCAUAAUGGUUAUCUACACUUUGCUAGUUGCAAGCAAUUUCUUUGAUCGCAUAUUUAGUUACUUUGGUAGCUGGAAAAGAUUUAAAUUUCAAACAGAGACCGACGAUAUGGACGGCUUUGACCCCUCGGGGUUAAUGAUUUUGAAGAAAGAACGAACGUGGCUUGAAGAAGGACAAAAGGUCGGCGAGCAUGUUCUUCCAUUAGCGAGGAACUUCAACGAUGUUGACAUUGAACCAGGAAGCAACUUCUCUGAAAACUCUUCAGUUGAAAUGAAGAUGUCGUCGAGCUAUGACAUGGAUACAGUAAAAGGAAGUUCAUCGAAAGACGAUAUGUCCCGUAAAUACGGAUCAGCAAGAGAAGCAAUCACCAACAAAUAUGCAGCCAUCAGAGAACAGCAGAACAGACACUCGCCGUCUCCUGUAACAAAACCAGAGAACAUGGCUUCAGCUAAAGUGUCCUUACUCGAAACAGACAGCUCGGGUCCAAGUAACGGCGAAGGAGGAGGAUCAGGAGAGCCAUCUUCUCGCUUGGCUUCCACAUGGCGAAACAUGAAACUAGGAAUCCAGAGUUUCAAAGAGAAUGUAGCCACCAAGAAGUUUCUCCCACUAAGGCAAGGCCCAGAAGCAACAACAGUAACAACAAGCACAGGCACAAGAGUGUCAACUUCAUCAAUGCCUCAGUCGUUGGAUGAGAUAUUCCAGAGACUGAAAAACCGGUCAGUAGAACACGGUCACUACCUCGACGAUGAUGAUGAUGAGGUUUGA